AUGGCAUCGCCAGCAGCUGUAUUGAGCGAGUUAUCAACCCAUCUGCAGAGCGUCGACGAAGACCCCACUACCCAACUCGACAGAGACUUGUUAGAGAAGUGCGAGCUCUUCACAAGUACGCCAGACUUCAGGUCACACAUAUGGAAAGAAACGAGACCACUGUUUCUACAGGUAGCAGCCUUACUACCAAAACUCCAGCAAGAUCCAUCGCCAUUGACGCAUUUCAUACUCAGGCUAGCUGAGCCCUAUCGAUUCGAAGACAUCAAGGAUGUUGACUUUGAAAUUGGGCUCGAUUUGCAGGCCACUCCGUUUCACGGGCUUCUCCUUUCACUACUCGAGAAGGCCACUGUGAGCAGUAUCGAUGCCCAGGCUCUCGCGAAUAGACCUGGAGUCAUCCUAUCCAUCGUGCGCGUAUGGCUGUGUGUUCAGGACACAGGAGUAGCAACCCAAGCGGAGGACUUACUCACUUCGCUAUUACGGGUCUCGAAGAACGAGCCAGUACCGAAUAAAGAGGAUGCUCCAUUACGCACCCAUGGUAUCGCUCCAAUGUGGCGGCGGCUGUUCCACGACAGAGACAUAAGUUCGCUCUACUACCAUUACACGUCGCUCAAGCAGCUAGUCUCUCCGCCCUUGCCACUCUUGAAUAAACGUGACAAGACAAUAGCACAAGCUAGGCUGUUGUCUUGGUUACCCCGUGUAGGGGCCAUGGACUGGAACACUCUCGUUACCUCGUAUGACACUGACAUCGAGCGCGAAGUUGGUCUACGCACCGACCAAGGUCUUCUCCACUACGCUGCAACGAAGAUGGUCAACACCGAGGAUGACAUUCUCAUGCACACGACCCUUAUCAACUUCUUCAGCUCGCUUAUCACUUCUGUCAAGGCAAAGCCACAUCUCACACACUAUGACUCAAGCCUAUCUCUGGAUUUCUUGAAAGAAGAGGGCGUUCACAAAGGAAUCAUUGACUUCCACACAUCAGAUGAACCAAGUCUGGAGCAUUCGUUUCUAAGUAGCCGGACUGCACAGUACAUCAGUGACUACGCCUCAAACUAUCCAGAGAACUUCGAAAACAGUCCUGAAAUGCCCGCCAUCCGAAACUAUGUUCAUCGCAGCAUUCGCAAGUGCGAAGCCCACGAUCUCAACAUCCUUGCUUCUAUGCCUCGUUCAGCUUUGAUUCCACGUCGAGCCUCGGGGCUGGCUUGGGACGACUGUGUGAUCCUGGACUUGCCUAUCACGAGGACAAAUCAAGACGCGUUGAAAGCGUUGGCUUCUGUAAUUCACGGCCCGCUGAAGGAAGAAAUCACUUUCCCCCAAGUAGAAGUAGUAGGCGUUGACUUCAAACAUACGCAAGUCGAAUCGGUCUUCGCACGACUACUCACAGCCCUCUUCUACAGCAGGAAACCCAAUAUGUUCGGUGACAUUGUGAAUCACAUCGAAACAAUCGCUAUGAAAGAGAACGCACUCGCCGCACUCACUCUCGUUCGCGCCAUCAUCACCGCUUCAUGGUCUUCCGACCCGUUACCUGACAUCAUUCCCACGAACGACCUAACCUACGCCCGCCUCAAUAACUUCCCCAAGACAGGUCUGGACCUCAUUCUCGACCCAACUAUCAGCGGCGGAGUACUUCCCUCUCUACUGAAACCUGCUAUCACAUUCUCGAAUCUGGUUGGCGGCCGAGGCGAUGCUGAGAACGCGGCAUAUCAGGUUGCAAUGGCAAAGUUCGAUGUGUUGAAAGCGUUAGGACGGAAGCUGGAAGAAAGUGGUGGACGGCAAGACGUUCUGGCUAUGGUGAGGAGAAGGGUCGGCGAGGGUCCUUGGGGAGUUAGCGGAGGUGUUGGAAGUAGGAUUGGCACUUUGGAGCUCUAG